GCAGUACUUUCUAUCGACACUGCGCGUGCGCACGUUGCACAUGGAGGCUGAUGAAUGAGUUGUAGCUGUUUUCUGCAAAGACUUUAUCUUCCGAUAGUACUUUAGACAAACUUAUCAGCUGGUUUGUUUUCUGCUCUUUAACAGCAAGUGAAAUAUAUGAUAUUUUGCAUGUAUGGUGUAGUCUGCGGAGUUGUGUCGUCUCCACGGGUCGGGUGUUGUUGUUGUUGAUCUGCGGUCAGUGAUGGAGGCUCCUCCGGUCACUGUGAUGCCCGUCACGGGCGGAACCAUCAACAUGAUGGAGUAUCUUCUGCAAGGCAGCGUGUUGGAUCAGUCCCUGGAGAGUCUCCUGCAUCGACUGCGAGGUCUGUGCGAUAACAUGGAGCCGGAGAGCUUUGCUGAUCACGAGCUGGUGUAUCUGCUGAAGGGCCAGCAGGGCAACCCGUUCCUCCUGCGCGCGCGCCGCUCGCUGCUUCACCCCACCGCCCCCUGGCACCUGCGCUAUCUCGGCCAGCCCGAGGUGGGCGACAAGAGCCGGCACGCCCUGGUGCGCAACUGCGUGGACGUGGCCGCCUCGCACAGCUUACCGGAGUUCCUCAAUGAGAUGGGCUUCCGCAUGGACCACGAGUUCGUGGCCAAGGGCCAGGUGUUCCGGAAGGGCAUGAUGAAGGUGGUGGUGAGCAAACUGUCACGCGUCCUGGUUCCGGGAAACACGGAGAACACGGAGCCGCUGUCCCUGUCGUAUCUGGUGGAGCUGAGCGUUCUGGCUCCGGCGGGACAGGACACGGUGUCUGAGGACAUGAGGAGCUUCGCUGAGCAGCUGAAGCCUCUGGUGCACCUGGAGAAGAUCGACCCCAAACGCCUCAUGUAGCGCUGACUGUCACCUGCCACUUGUGAUAUUUUGAUGAAAUCCAUGAUGAACUGAAUGAUAAAAACUGUUUAAAGUUUUGUGUCAAUUCUCAGAUGACAUUUCUUAGACAAAUCAUUUUAAACAAGAAAUAUGCCACUCUUUCUUGAGAAAAAGUAAUUCUGUGAAAGCAUUUGUAAAUUCAUUCUUGCAUAAAAUGUUGCUUUGAUAUGAACGUGACAUUAUGAUUUCUCCAUUUUCAUCCUUCUUUAGUGUUGCUGUUUGAGCAUGAAAAAGAUUUGUCAAGUUCAUAUCUUCUCUAUAUCAGUG